AUGGUUGACCACAAAUCAGUCACAGAUCCAUGGAAAUUAUUGAAAAACACGGACGAGAGUCGACUGAAAUGGCUGCUGGAGCAGCAUUCAACGUCGGAACCAUAUGAGACAGCGAAAGCGAACGAGGUUCUGCGCGAAGUCGAGGAUUACGGGAAAAGCUUGGUCGGACAGCUCAGACUUGCCGAGUUCGUUGGUUUCAUGCUCAUGAUCAGAUCUCCAGAGAAAGACGUCGAUGAACUCAUGACUAUAGAGAUCGAGGAUUCUGAUCCACAGUCUUUGUUUCAUAGCAUACACUGGGAGGUUUUAGAGCACCUGUACUCUUGGAGCGCCUGCGGCCGACCAAAACAUAGGAUCCAAAGUCAACUUGAAAGGAAAAGCGCAACCUCUGCGCAGAAGACACCGGCAGAAUUACAAGCUAUCUGGUCGCUCGUCAGCAACACGUUCAAGACGCUGAACAUCUCACAAUCCGAAGACGAACCCCAGUACGCCUUCUGCGCAGCAUGCCUCAUUGAGGCGCAAUCGCAGCGGAUACUCAUCCAAAGAACCGUAAACCCAACCACCCCAUCGAAUUCGACAACACCAGACUCGGCAGUGGUGCAGUCCGCCUUGCACCGUGCGUUCAACAUCCUUCUAGUUGCAAGUCGACCGAAUGAAGAAGACGACAUUAGUCCUCUGCUAGGAUCUCGCGCCGUCGUUGAUACUCUCCGCAGCCUGCCACAAUAUCAGAGUAACAGAGUCGUGUUAGAUGUUGCCCGACCAGGUACGCUCAAAGCAUUAAUUGCUCAUCUUUCCCGUACGACCGAGACAUGGCAUAGACAAGGCGGGACCGGUGCAUGGUUCGACAUGGUUGUCUUUGAUGUCCACGGCUGCACAUCCGACGGCAUAGCAUACCUGAGUUUCCUGGCAAGUUCCGGAAACAGAGAGCAUCGUGUCCGCGCCACGGAAAUUGCCAAUUUGCUCAGAGCCCAUUCGAUCGAGACAGCCUGUCUCAUCUCCUGUGAGUCUGCCAAAGUCACUAGAAAUGUACUAUCCAACCUGGCUCGCACCUUCGUAGACGCAGCCAUCCGUUCGGUGCUUGCUAUGUCCUUCAAAUUCACUGCUAGCGCUGCGAACAUUUUUCUGCGGUCGUUCUUCGGCCAUCUACUGGCGCAAUUCCCCGUGGAUGUUGUAGGAUCCCUUGCAAAGGCACGGCGUGCACUUAUCGCAUUACCAUUACGCGAUGCGGUUUUCGGGGUGAAAGUGACCCUUCCUGAUUACCUCAUCCCUGUGUUGUAUGUUAAUACAAACCUGAUUCCAAGCAGAAGGAUCCCAGUCUCUGAUCCAAUUCAUCAGGGACGCCGAUUUCUUCAAAGGUCUGCCAUAAAGGCGUACGAGGAAGAAGUCGGCGCUCUUGUUGACAGGGAGCAAUACAUCCUAGAAAUUGAGUCAAAGCUGCUUAAAGCUGGUUCGCGCGGCUCAAACCGUUUCUUAUUGCUCCAGGGCAUGGCCGGAGUCGGAAAAUCUGCGAUGAUGAAGUUCCUCCGCUGGUGGUGGCCGUUCACGGAGUUCUGCAUGGCUUCUUCAUACUUUGAUAUGGCCAUGCCGUGGAGCUGUUCCCUACUUCGUGCUAGGGCCGCGCUUUGGUCCCUGCCUUUCAGUUUGGACUUGCUCUCGGACACACCUGGUCAAGUGAUCAUUAUCGAUAAUCUGGAUAGAGUGUCAUCGUUACCACCGGAUGCGACAACGACGGCGAUUGCAGAAGCAGAGGAGUGUCGCACAGUCAUCAGACGAUGGCUCGGUCUUAUCAAGAACAAGCAAGCGUUCGUUCUCUUCACCUCGAGAUCACGAGAAACAUGGCUCGCAGACGAAGGAGUUCGCACGGUUGAAGUACAGAAGCUAUCAUCCUUUGGCGCCGCAGAAUUGACAUCGAAUUUGCUUGGCAAAAUGAAUGUUCGAGAACAAUAUUCGGACAUUGAAAGCACCAGAUACCUAGCUCUACUGGCCAGUCACUUGGGUAAUAAUCCCCUGGCGAUGAAAGAGUGCAUUCCAGUGCUUCAAAGACAAGCGAGCAUGCGAACAGAACAGAUUCGUCAGUCUGUUUCAGCGCCCUUCUUGCUCUACAAUCGUUUGCAAUACGGGAGCACACCACCUUAUGAGAACGAUAGUGCUUUGCGUCUUGUCGGAGAUCUGUUAGAACUAUGUGAUUCAACGACUCCCAACAUGAGAAGAGUGCUAUUGGGCCUCUCACCUCUGUGGAAUGUCUUUGACGAGGACUGGUUUGAUGCUCUAGCAUAUUGGUUCCCACAGUAUGAUCAGCAAGUGCCUCCUCGUAACGAUAUUAAUGCCUUCUUGGACAAAUAUUUGCUAGAUUCUGGCUGGAUGCAGACCGUCAAACUACCGAAAGGAAGUCUACAUCACGACCGGAGAUAUUUCCGCCUCCAUCCUCUUCUGUCACUCGCUAUUAGACGAGUCGCAGAAUUUCUUGAUAUUCUAUCGAACGAAGCCUGGAGUGACCGCACGGUAAAAGUCUUUAUGGCGCAUUUUUGCUUGAGAGGCGUGGCAUUCUUCUCGAGUAGCGAAGAGCGUGUCGAUAUUAAGCCGCAAUUGCUCUUGGAAUCCUCCAAUUUCUUGCGAUCGGUCGAGCUACAGAUCAGCAAUUUCGAGCAGCUCGGUAUCGUUCUUGGAGACCAGCUCGUCGCGAAAUCCAUCGGCUACAUCUUGUAUAGGUUGUGGGAACUCGCCAAAUCUGGUGAGGUUGAGCAUUUGAAUGUGUCAGUUCUGACAGAGGCCUCGGAAAGAUUUUUGGAGAUGCUGCAGUCCCCACCAGCUGGUUUUAAUCGACGGUCAGACGAUGCAAUGAUCACGUUUGCGUGCGUCAGUCUAGCUCUCACGGGCCAUUUCGCAGACCUUGACCUAAGCAAGGCAAUCCAUUGGGCUGAAUCCUGCGCCAAAUUCAUGUUUGCAGGUCCUGAGCCUUGGAAGGAUCGGGAGGCGAGCGUAUUUCGAGCCUCCUCACUAUCACUCAAGGCUCUUGAACAGCUUCGACAGUUCAACACUCGAACCCACGAACAUGCCGAGAAAGCAUGCCAAUACGCUUUCGAGGCUCUAGAAAUUCUUUCGGCAACGGUAUCUCAACCAGUAAAGUUCGAUGUCGUGCGGAUGCACUCCUAUCUAACAGCGAUCAGCACCAUGAAACACAUGGCCCCUUUUUCGACAAGCUUUCGCGAUAGCGUUGAUGAAUUUGAUGGGACGUACGAUGCAGCUUGGAAGAAAUAUGAGCCACCAAUAGGAAAAGAUAGCACGGGAUUCGGCGCCCCAAUGGCUUUGACAGAGGAGUUGGCGCGACGGGAUUGGUGGUUCGAGGAACUCGGCGUUCGUCAAACGGACAUCUACGGAGCCUGGAUAGUGGACAAUGAGGGUGACAGUGGCGUUUCUGAAGAGCGCGGUAACGACCCAGAGAGCACGAGACUGUUGUCUAACCUGCGCCUGGCCAUGUCCAGGGGUAACAGGGUUGCCGAAUUUCGGCUUCACGAAGCUUUGGUCAGCUACUAUGAGAAAAAGAAAAAUUGGAAAACUGCGGCGGAACAUGUUAGGGUGCUGCACAGGCAGGCCGCCGCCGCUGCUGCUGCUGGCCAAGAUCAGCAUAUCAUCGACCUCUCAAGCUUCAACAACUUCGAUAACAGAUUACGCCAUGGAUGCAUUCUCGUUGAAGCAGAGGACUUUGACGAAGCUCAGAGAAUAUAUGACAAGCUCAUCAGUGACGUUUUGGACACGUGCGGCAGCAGGGAGGAGGCGAAAGAUAAGACUCAUUUCAUCCCUGGGAAGACCUGGGCGUGGUUGGUGAAAGAAUCUUCGACCUGGGAUAUUAUCACGCAGGCAAAAUUGUCUGUCAACGUAGACUCCAAAAUUAGGGAACGAUGGCCUGAAUCGUAG